CUCACAAACGGCCCGCCCCACUUCCACGAAGCUCCUCCCCCUCCCCCUCCCAGGCCGCCGCCACCCGGCUCUCUUGGACUGGACCGGAGCGUAUCGGUCGGCCUCGAGCAUCCGCCGCUGGUUCUUCCUCGUCCUCGUAGUCGUCCUCGGGUUCGGGUGUCCGCUCCAAACAUGGCCUCCGACGGCAUGGACGAGCGAUCCCCGCUGCUGUCCACCCCCAACUCGGAGACCCCCGGCGCGCCUCCGUACCUGCAGGAUCCCAGCCCCCGAGCCGAGCUCCCGCCUCCCUACACGGCCAUCGCCAGCCCGGACGCGGGCGGCGUGCCGGUCAUCACCUGCCGCGUGUGCCAGUCGCUCAUCCACCUGGACGGCAAGCUGCACCAGCACGUGGUGAAGUGCACGCUCUGCAACGAGGCCACGCCCAUCAAGAACCCGCCCACGGGGAAGAAGUACGUGCGGUGUCCCUGCAACUGCCUGCUCAUCUGCAAGGACACGUCCAGGAGGAUAGGAUGCCCUCGACCCAACUGCAGACGCAUCAUCAACCUGAGCCCGGUGAUGGUCAUCCCCGAGGAGCAGCCCGCCCAGCCCGCCCUCCCCGUCCAGCCUGAGGGGAUGCGGGUGGUCUGCGGUCACUGCGGCAACACCUUCCUGUGGAUGGAGCUACGCUUCAACACGUUAGCCAAGUGCCCCCACUGCAAAAAAAUCUCGUCGGUGGGCAGUGCGCUCCCCAGGAGGCGCUGUUGCGCUUACAUCACCGUGGGAAUGAUCUGCAUCUUCAUUGGCGUGGGACUAACUGUUGGUACGAGGGACUUUGCCCGCCACUACAACGCCACCUACGUGUCAUGGGCCUUUGCGUACCUGCUGGGUCUCAUAUGCCUGGUCCGGGCCUGCUACUGGGGGGCCAUCAAGGUCAGCUACCCGGAGAACAGCUUUGCUUAAUGCCCCCCUCCCCCCAAAUGUCCUCUCGGCCCGGCAAGCGGCUGCUUCUGUGUCCAACUUGAUGAUCCGGUAGAAGUCCGUCCUGCCACGGCUAGCAUCUUUUGGAGGCUGACACAUGGCGGCUGCAGCGAGACGUCUGAUUGGAUGUCCGACGUGAGACCAACCUGGGAUGUGCAUCACCUUUUUGUUGCUGCAGUACUUCAUGGUGGGGGGGGGGAUCCAUCAAUGUACGAUGAAAACAUCUUAGCUUUUAGAGUAGCUAAUGAAUAUAGUCAUAGCCCGUCGUAGCUGCGCUGGCCCACAGGACUGCAAUCUACCGGUGGUGGUACUCAUCUCAUUUGCAUAACCGUCUGAUGCAUUUGCAUGUGGAUGCCGGAGGACGGGAAACGCCGUGGGACGCAAAGUCUGAAAAACAUGUCAAGGAAAAGAAAUUUUUCUUUUGGUCUUUUCUUUCGUGUCGCAAACAAGGCAGAGCCGCCACGGUCCCAUUCGCACCAAAUACACCAGCUCUGGUCCCAAAAUGGCCCCCAGGACUCACUUUGCACCCCCCUGCCAAAAUGUGUACACAGACACUCCAUAACGACUAACGUGUACUUUACCCCCCCUCCUAUAACUACUAACAUGUACUCUGCCCCCCCCCAUAACAGUACCCCUGCUCCUGACUAAAGUGGAGCCUGAUGCCCCCCUCCCAUAUUGACUAACGUGUACACUGACCUCACUUCAAUAAUGACUAACGUGUACACUGACCCCCCCUUCCAUAACGACUAACGUGUACACUGACCCCCCCCCUUCCAUAAUGACUAACGUGUACACUGACCCCCCCUUCCAUAAUGACUAACGUGUACACUGACCCCCCCUUCCAUAACGACUAACGUGUACACUGAUCCCCCCUUCCAUAACGACUAACGUGUACACUGACCCCCCCUCCAUAACGACUAACGUGCAAUCAAACCCUCACUUCAAUAACGACUAACGUGUACACUGACCCCCCCUUCCAUAACGACUAACGUGUACACUGACCCCCCCUCCAUAACGACUAACGUGUACACUGACCCCCCCUUCCAUAACGACUAACGUGUACACUGACCCCCCCUCCAUAACGACUAACGUGCAAUCAAACCCUCACUUCAAUAACGACUAACGUGUACACUGACCCCCCCUUCCAUAACGACUAACGUGUACACUGACCCCCCCCUUCCAUAACGACUAACGUGCAAUCAGACCCUCACUUCAAUAACGACUAAUGUGUACACUGACCCCCCCCUCAUAAAACAGCUAACAUGUACUGGGACCCCCAUAAGGACUAACGUGUACACUGACGGCACACCUCCUAUAACGCCGGCCCCCCCAUAGAGACUAACAUAUACAUUGAUGCCCCCUCCCAUAACACCAAACAUGUACUCAGACCGCCCCCCCCACAUAACGACUAAUGCCCCCUUCUAUCAGAGUACCCUGCCUCCAUAACGACUAACAUGGACACUUAAAAUAAAAUGACGAACGUGUACUCAACCCCCCCCCCCCCCCCAUAUGACCAGGGUGUACACUGUCGGGGGGGGGCAGUACACAUAUUGGCUGAAUGUACAUUGGCUGAUACUGAUGGCAACCAUACAUAUACACCAGGUGCCCCCCCCCCCACCAACAGGAGCUUUUUAAUGAUUUUUUACAUGACUGAUUUGACUACAGCAAUAAUCCCAAUAGUACCAAUACUCCCAAUACUUCCAAUACUCCCAAUACUCCCAAUAUUCCCAAUACUCCCAAUAUUCCCAAUACUCCCAAUAAUUCCUCUGAUGCUGUUUGCAUGUUGCCAAUUGCUUUUUUUUUUUUAUUAAAAGAAUGUAAACCUUUAGCUUUGCUCUCUGACCUCUGACCUGGCGCUGUGGGCGAGCCGGCCCACCAGAGUCAUGAGGCGGAUGGUGAUCAUGUGACACAAAGAUACAUACUUUGUACAUACGACGUGCGUGGAGGGCAAAGGUCAUCUUUUUCCAAAUGAUAAUUUAUCAAUAAAAAGGACA